AUGAACAACGCGCCAAAGCUUCACCUCAACAUUCAACUACGCGUUACUUUUACCUUUUCACAAAGCUCAGAAAACGACCAACUUUCCAUACCAAAUAAGAACCUCAUGACCGGCAUGCCGGAUUUAAACUCAGUCCCUCCCUCUCCACAUACUCUUGCGGCCUCUCGUCGCCAGUCUUCAACACAGAUGGCUACUCCGCCAGCCCCAGCUUCGCCAUCUCUCAACAUCCUCCCUUCCAACCAGAAUACGGUGAACCCGUCGCAUUCGCCUUCUCUUCCAUCGCCCGUGUUAAAUGCUUCGCAACCGACUUAUCAUGCUCCAUCAAAUGUUCUAGCUGAGCCUGGUGUUGGUCCGGGACCUGGACCGAUAAGACAUCCUCGUCCGUUGACCGCCGCCGAGCUUCAUCUCCAGCUUGAAAAAGAGCAAGAGGCCGUUGUUAACCGGCUGACCCGUGAACUUUCCCUCCUUCGAGCUGCCCAGAACGCUUCCGUCGUUUCCAACACCUCCUCUACCUCUGCCGGCAACUCAACCCACGAUGUACCCGAACAGUCUCUCCUUUCAGGUUCAGGUUUCUCAAUCCCCACGGCUCGACAUCAUCGAACAUCCUCGACCACGUCUCAGAGCUUUGGAAACCAACAGUUAUCGUCGUCCUACGAAGCACGAAUCCAUGCCCCUCGUCCAUCCCAGGCUACCCCUCUCUCACGGCAGGAUAGUACCGCCUCUCGAAGGAGCCUAACAAAUUCUCCUGGACCGCAGCACAGCAGCCUCGAUCCAUCCAACUAUUUCCAGCACCAGAGAAUUCCCCCACCUACGUCGAUCCCACCGAGUUCAGUUGGUGCAACCCCUGGAAGUAUGAGCGAGCAAUUAAGCCCCGGGUUGAUGCCUGCGACCAUGCGUUACGAGGAGACAGCAUAUUAUAGAAACGAACUUGAGACUGCCAAGAAAGAGAAUGAUGCUCUCAAGCGAAAGAUUAGAGAAUUAGAGAGACAGGUCCGCCAACGAAGAGCCAGUGAUGCAAGCCGUCCCAGAAGUGGAAGCGCAAGCACCAGUGCCAGCGUGAGCGUUACCCCUGCUGGAGGAGCCAGCAUAGCAGGCCGUCGAGAGGGAUUGCCCAUUAGACCAGGCGGUGAGCGGGAACGAGGCAUGACGACACAGAGUAUUGCUAGUGUAGCCAGUGUUGGUGUUGGUGUACCCGAGGAGGAACUCAAGGUUGGAGAGAGUGCUGCUAGUGCUGGAGUUGCACAGGGUCAGUAAUGACCCGACACGAUACUCACGAGGCACUCCGCUUCUAUUAACUUAUAUAAAUGCAAGGCCAAAAGGCCAUGAAAUCACGAUUAGAAACUGGCGUUGGAUGCGGUUAGAGUUAUGCCAAUAGUGUAAUAUGCUAUUCGAAUCAAAAUGUGUCGCUUUUCUAUAC